CAACAACAACACGUGUUGUAGGUAACAAAGCCCCGAUAACACACACGUAUCCCAACCGACUUCCUUCCUUGCUUGGUUUUUGUUAAAACUCCCAAAAUUUUUCUAAAAUCAACCAAAACAGAAAGAAAAAUGAGGUUUUUAAAACCCUCUACCAUCACCAGCCGGUUGUUAAAACCCACCAAUCACUUGUCAUCUGAAACACCCACCAGCCUUAACGAUGUGGGUCCGAUGGCAUCUCUUCUGAAAACCCGAACCGUUGUCCGGUUACGGGGCCCCGAUACAAUCAAGUUCUUGCAAGGUAUGGUAACAAACGACGUCCGUAGGUUUGGUGGGGCAGCUGCGGGUGAUGAGAAAUCGAGCUUGGUUACCCCCAAUGUUCCGGCAACCUCUGCCCGCUCUCUCUACGCGGCCAUGUUAACACCACAGGGGAGGUUUUUCUGCGAUAUGUUUUUGUACGAGCCGCCCCGAGCCGAUGAGAAACUUGACCCCACCGGCUCAACUGGUGGACCCCACCGAGAUGAGAUGACUCUUCUUGCUGAUGUGGAUUGUGACGUGUUGGAUGACCUGUUUGCGACUUUUAACAAAUUUAGCGUGAGGUCUAAGGUUCAUUACGAGCAUGUAGGCGAAGAAUUCUCAUGUUGGCAGCGUUUUGGUGUAGACCGCCAUAAGAAGACACCUUUAUCUGUAGAAGAUCCCGAAGGUGCUAAUGUUGGCUGGGGUGGUGGUAUUGACCUAACUGGAAGCUCAUCUUCACAAGGAAACAAUGUUGGGUGGCAAUGGCAUAAAGAUCCUCGCUUGGAUUGCCUAGGAUUCCGGGGAAUCUUUCCUUCCAACUCAACACCACCUAUGGUUGAGGCUGAUACAGAAACGGACGAAGGAAAUUAUCUUCUUUGGAGAUUAGAGAGGGGAGUUGCGGAAGGCUCAAUUGAGAUCCCAAGAGGGGAGGCAAUACCACUCGAGUACAAUCUAGCUGGCUUAAAUGCUAUAAGUUUUGAUAAAGGGUGUUAUGUUGGUCAAGAACUCGUUGCUCGUUCCCAUCACCGUGGGGUUAUUCGCAAGCGCUUGUUUCCACUAAAGUUCCUGAGUGAAUCAGGAGCAGAGAUAGAGCAAAAGGUUGCUCCUAGUUCAGAAGUACUAGCAUUGAAAUCUGGUAAGAAAGCUGGAACAGUCACCACUGCUAUGGGCUCAUGUGGGCUUGGUCUGCUCAGGCUCGAGGAAGCCUUAAAAGGGUCUGGAAAUUUAGUCAUCAAUGGACAGGAGGACGUGAAGGUGGAAGCAAUCCGGCCUGAAUGGUGGCCAACUGAGUGGUAUUCAGAACAUGAGCCACGACAAGCUGCUGGCUAGGAUCUUUAUUAGGUAUCCUGCAGUUAUUUUACAUUAGAUUAGAAGAAAGUAACAGUUGUCAACAUGUAAAACUGUUUUUCCCUGUGUUAUAUUUCAUACUUUAGAUGAUAAAUAAAAGUUACCGGAAACCCAAAA